AUGGAUUUGGGGAGCUUCAGUAAUUACAACAUUACAAACGACUCCAUCAACCAGUGGGUGGUAAUUGUCAAAGAAAACAUUUCACAGGCUGACCUUUUACUGGAAAAGCUUGGGACAAGAAGAAAAGAGCUUCCUGUUACAUUAUUUCUUCUGUCUGUGUACGGUCUUAUGUUCAUUUCCGGCGUCCUUGGGAACGUUUGCACGUGUGUGGUUAUUUUAAGGAACGCUAACCUGCGUACUUCCACGAACUACUACCUUUUGAGCCUUGCAAUUUCCGAUGUGCUGAUUCUUAUAACAGGUCUCCCUCCCGAGGCAUAUUCAAUCUGGGAAAGUUACCCUUGGAGGUUUGGGAAGGCAUUUUGUAUCAUCAAGGCGCUAUUUGCAGAAAUGACAUCCUACGCCUCCGUACUGACGAUAACGGCAUUCACUAUCGAGCGCUAUAUAGCGAUUUGUAAGCCUCUCGAAUCCCAUAAAAUCGUAGCAUUUUCCCGUUGUGUUAAAAUCAUCAUUGCCAUUUGGAUAAUAUCCCUCUGUUGUGCAUUACCGUAUCCAAUCCACACUGACGUAUUUUACUACGUGUCUGACAGCAAUGGUACUCCCAUUCUUGAUUCACUACAAUGUAACAUUCCGCAUCAGUAUUCAGAAAGGAUGAGACACGUCUUUCAACUGUCCACAUUUGUUUUCUUCGUUUUCCCGUUAACUGUAAUCAUAGUGCUGUACAGUUUAAUUGGACUUACACUGCGGAGAGCGGAAAUGCGACGAGAGACGACUGAGCAAUGCCACCAGAGUGGCAGUCGCAGCAGCAGUAAUAGAAAUCAAGCACACCGAGAGAGGGGACCCACGUUCAUCGCCAGACGUAGCGUUCUCAAAGUACUUGUUGCUGUCGUGGUGGCAUUUUUCGUUUGCUGGGCGCCGUUCCAUGCUCAGAGACUUUUAACGGUGUAUAAUACUGAUUGGACACCACGGCUACUAGACUUCCAAAGUUCUCUUUUCUAUGUGUCAGGCGUCCUGUAUUUCAUCGGGUCGACAGUCAAUCCAAUAUUAUACAAUGUAAUGUCCAGGCGAUACAGACUGGCAUUCCUAGAAACGAUUUGCCACAGCAAAACAAGACGCAGUAUUGGCUCAUAUAAGCAGACGAACGGGUAUUCUGGAAAACUCAGGAGCACGAAACUUUCACUAAAGGAAAACAUAAAAAGCCCUGCUAACUUGGAUAACCACGGUGAUCAUUUCUUUGCUCACAACCAAAAUGCCCAAGACCCUUUCGGUCCAACAAACUUAAUAGCAGCUGAGAAUAACCAUCUAAAGCAUUGUUUAGAAAUCAAUGCGGACUCUAACGGAGGUCAGGAGACAAAGUACAAGUCUACCUCUGAUAUAUUUCCUUCAGCCAAUCAGAACUUAUCAUGUGCGUAUAGUGCUACGAUAAGGAGCAAGCCCAGCAGAUCCCAUGUCCAUUGGCAGUGUAGUGAUCAGGCGAAUGGGAACACCGCUCCGACGGACUCAAAGAAAAGCACUUACAACAUUCAGUACCCUGAUGGUAGUAAGGUGUGUAUGUCAUCCAAAUCUGCUGAGUUCUAUGACCAAAUUUUCAAAGAUCAGGGUGAUUUUGUGUAACUGUUUGUUUCAAUAUCUUUCAACAACGAAAUGUUGAUAACACCUCAUCUGU